AUGAGUUUUAGUGUACGUAAAGACUAUCUAAAUAAUGACAAAGACGGCGUGACCACGUCUAGGAGAUAUAGUUGCUGCAAGGAAGGUGUGAAGCGCAAGUACGAAGGUGAUGUGAUGCCAAAGAGGACACGAGUGCCGACGAAAACAGGGUGUGGAGCUAAAAUGGUUAUCGUGUUGCUUAGAGGGACAAUGAAGUACCGUGUGCAUGACCUUGUUUUAGAGCAUAACCAUGAGUUGCACAUUGCUCAAUGUGCGCACAUGAUACCAUCACAAAGAAAAGUGAGUGUGGCUCAAGGAUUCCAAGCUGAAAUAAGCGAAGAUGCUGGGAUUUCAUUGAAACAGAGCCAUGAGCUUAUGGGAAAGGAGGCAGGUGGGAUGAGCAAUGUGGGAUAUACUCGGGAUAAUCUUAAACGAUAUCUUCGAACGAGAUGGGAAAGGAGCUUGAAAUAUGGAGAAGCAGAUAGUAUGCUGAAUUAUUUUCAAGAGCAAACACUUGAGAAUCCAUCCUUUUUUUAUGCCGUACAGCUGGACUGUGAAGAACAGAUAACGAAUAUCUUUUGGGCUGAUGCAGGAAUGUUAAUUAACUACAACUUUUUUGGAGACGUAGUCACAUUCGACACAACCUACAAAACAAAUAAAGAAUACCGGCCACUUGGAGUAUUUGUGGGUUUUAACCAACAUAGGCAAAUUGUGAUAUUCGGUGCUGCCCUUAUGUAUGAUGAGACGAUAGAUUCUUUCAAAUGGGUGUUUGGUACAUUUCUAGAAGCAAUGUGCGGAAAGCGUCCAAGCACCAUACUAACAGACCAAGAUCACGCCAUGGCAGCCGCUUUUUCACUUGUCAUGCCCUAA